AUAUUAAGGUGAAGGUCAUCGGCAGAAGUUACAGCUGAUCUAGUUUAUUUCGGUUUUUUUAUAUGAUUGCUAGACCAUUCAUUAUCAAAGAAUUACGUUUACAUGGCUACAAAAAAAAAUAAUUAAUGCUACCAAACAAUAGUGUAAAAUUAUUAUUUUAAAGACAGAAAGAUUGUUUUCUUGCAGUCUGAGCAUGGAGAAAUUUAUUAUGUGGAGGAUAAGAUCGUGCCAGUCAAUACUACCAAAAUUUAAUGCAAAAGGAUUUAAUCAAUCCUACUCAAGUUCAUCUAGUAAUUACAAUUACAAAGAAGAUUGUGAGCAGAUCUUUCAGAAGGCUGUAGAUGCUGUUUUGCCUCACAACGCAGUCAAGAAAUUCCUACAUUUAAAUGAUAAUAUUUUAACGAUAUCCGAUCGAUCCUACGAGUAAACUAUAAAAAUAAUAACAGUAUUAAUUGUUGCAGUAUGAAAUAUUUAUGUUUUUUAUUUGCAGACUGAAUCGCAACGUUCAUGUUAUAGCAGCUGGUAAAGCAGUUCUGGGUAUGGUGAGAGCCACCCAGGACGUCUUAGGCGAUCAUAUUGUUGGCGGUAUUGCGAGUGUUCCUUACGGCAUACAAGAAACUCUAAAAAAGUCUGGAAAAUGGGAAAUGAUACCAAAGGAACAAAGCUCAUUUCAAAUCUGUGAAGGAGCAAAGAAUAAUGCACCUGAUACGAACUCACUCGCAACUUCCAAAAAAAUCCAUGAUCUUGCCACAUCUUUACAAGGCUCGGAUAUUAUGCUUACUCUACUAUCCGGAGGUGGAUCGGCUUUAUUACCUUUACCUAAACCGCCUAUAACUUUGGAAGAAAUGAGAGAGAUGGUUGCAAUUAUGGUUAAACAUGCUGCCACCAUAAGUGAUGUAAAUACAGUACGAAAGCAUACAGAAGUUCUUAAAGGCGGUGGCCUAGCUUAUGCUGCAGGGAAUGCUAGUGUUAUAUCUCUUAUUCUAUCAGAUAUAAUCGGAGAUCCAAUAGAUAAAAUCGCAUCAGGACCGACUGUAACUGAUUUUUCAAAGCCAGAAACUUGUAUGGAAAUCUUUAGAGAUCUUAACGUUACGGAUAAAAUUCCAAAGUCAAUAAUUAAAGUGGUCGAAAAUGAAAUUUCAGAAUUUUCUGGACAUAGUGCACUUCCUGUGAUAAGAGAAAUUUACGCCCAUAAUGUCAUUGUAGGUAAUAAUAAACUUGCUGUGUCAGCUGCAAAUAAGGCAGCUGAAGCCUUAGGGUAUAGGACUUUUGUUUUAUCUACUGAGUUAUGCGGCGAAGCAAGAGAUAUUGGAGAAAUAUUCGCUUUUUUUGCCGGGGCUAUCGUCGAUGUCGUUAGUGGGGAUAAAGCUAAAUUUGAUUCUAAACAAAGAUUAGAAGAUUCGUUUGGAAUUUCUGAAAAUGUGAUAAACUGCGUCACAUCACUGGCAGCCUCGGCUCUUAAAUACGGUGAACGAUUUUGUAUGUUAGGAGCUGGCGAAACUGUUGUUAACCUUAAAGGAAAUGGUAAAGGUGGGCGAAAUGGUGAAAUUGCUUUAUCAUCAGCUCUUGUAUUUGAUUUACUUUCCGAAAAAUUAAGAGACUACGAUAUAAAUAUUCUAUCUGCUGGAACAGACGGCCAAGAUGGCCCUACCGAAUCUGCCGGAGCUUUUAGCCAUACUCAUCUUAUACAAGAAGCAAAAGAACAAAAUAUUGAUGCAAAUACUUACCUUGAAAAUAAUGACACUUUUCAUUUUUUUCAAAAGGUCAGUAAUGGCGAAAAUUUAUUUGUUACUGGUAUGACGGGUACAAAUGUUAUGGACCUACACAUAAUGACUGUAGCGAGAAAAUCAUAAUCGAUUACUCUCUUUAAAACUUUUCUUUCCUUCAUUGAUUCAAUCUUUAAACAAUAUUUUUGUCAUGAACAUUUAUUUUCCUUCAGUUUGUGUUAAUUAGUUAAACGUAUAAGAGAUUUACAAGAUCGAAAUUGCAGAGAAUAAAUAUCAAAUUUAGUUUCAACAUACGUGCGAAGAAGUUCAUUGAAUAAAGUAUUCAUAUUAGACAGAUUUUAUUCUCGUUUCAUUGACAUAUUAAAUAAAAUAAAUAAAAUACAGGUUACUUUCGAAAUUUUCAUACGAUUUUUAUGUUUUACUAUACAAUUUUAAACGUAUUACUAAUUAAUAUACAUAUAUAUAUAUUAAUUUAUAUAUAAACUGCAUUUAAUUUGUGUAUAUUUGUAUAAAAAAAAAUUAUUUUAUGAAAAUUUUUCAAUAUAAAAAAAUAAUAAUAAAAGGAGAAAAUUGUACCGACUGGAAUUCUCUCUCUCUCUCUCUCUCUCUC